AUUAUUACAUUAUUAUUAUUAUUAUUUUGGUUCGGUUUAGCUUUCCUUCUGUUGCAUCUCGGAUGAGAACUCUAGAGUGGUGUGUAUUCCGGGCCUUUUGCUUUGCAGCCAAUCGGGUGCCAGUAGGGGCGGGGCUUGGGGGAAGGAGAGCCUUCUGAUUGGCUGCAGGUGUCCGUCGGUAUUCUGCGGCAGUUAAAUUGCGUGGGAAGUGGAAUCCGGAGCGAAUUUUCUACAUCGGAUUUAAAUGGAUUUUAAAUGGAUUUCUACAUUGAAUUGAACCACUUCCCGUCAAAUCGUGGCUUCUUGGCAUGCAACUUGGGCCUUCCCCUGAGACCUAGAUGAAGAGGAAGAAGGAACGGACGGGAAGUCGGGCGGCGGAGGCGGAGCCGUGUUGUCCGUGAAGCGAGACGUGUCCGGGUUUGGAAGAGAGACCGCACGGGAGAGACCACGGCGCUAAGCCCCGCCCCUCCCAGCCCAGGAUCCUCCCCUUUGGGGCGUGGCCCCGCCCCUUUGUCCCACCCGCCGCCGUUGCCCCCUGCUGGCCGGGCCAUGAAGCUGCAGGCGGUGAUGGAGAACCUCCAGCGGCAGCAGCAGGCCCGGCUGCAGCAGGAGAUGGAGGCGCGGCAACAACAACAACAACAGACCACGGCAGUGGCGGCGGCAACAACGGUGGUGGCCACGGAAGACCCCCCUCGAGGCGGGCCGGACGCCGGCGCGGAACCCGAAAGCGCCAGGAUGCAGCGGGCACAGAUGGAAGCCCUGGCGGCCAUGCGGGCGGCGGCGGCCGGGCUCGCGGAGGAUGACGGGCGCUCGUCGUCAUUGUCGUCGGAGGCCGAAGGAAGGGAGGAAGGCGAGGACGAGGAGGCUGAGUAUCCGCCGGGAAUGGGCUCCGAAGAAGAGGAGGCCAUGCUGAAGGGCCGGUGGGGCGACGAGGAGGAUUUCGAGGAUGAAGAGGAGGACGAGGAGGAGGAGGAGGACUACGACGAGGAAGAGGAGGGUGAGGAGAUGCCGGAGGAAGGCCUUGGGGGUCCCCCUGGGGGUCCGGCCUCCCGCUCCGGCCCGGUGCUCCUCCGCAAGCAGCCGGCCCCACAGCCCUACCGCAGGGAGCCCUCUCCCCGGACGGCGGGGGUCUCCUCCGAACGCCUGCCCCCCGGAGCGGCCCCCCAGGCCCUGUCCCAGCCGCAGCCCCCCGCCCUGGACCACGGGGACUGGACCUACGAGGAGCAGUUCAAGCAGCUUUACGAACUCGACGGAGACCCCAAGCGAAAGGAAUUCUUGGACGACCUCUUCAGCUUCAUGCAGAAGCGAGGGACGCCGGUCAACCGCAUCCCCAUCAUGGCCAAGCAGGUGCUGGACCUCUACAUGCUCUACGUCCUGGUGACCGAGAAGGGCGGCCUGGUGGAGGUCAUCAACAAGAAGCUCUGGCGGGAGAUCACCAAGGGCCUCAGCCUGCCCACCUCCAUCACCAGCGCCGCCUUCACCCUCCGCACCCAGUACAUGAAGUAUCUGUACCCGUACGAGUGCGAGAAGCGGGGGCUGAGCAACCCCAACGAGCUGCAGGCCGCCAUCGACAGCAACCGGCGGGAAGGCCGGCGCCAGGGAUUCGGGGGGUCCCUCUUCGCCUACUCCCCCGGCAGCACCCACUCCGUCAUGGCCUCCCCCAAGAUCCAGGGCAUGGCCGCCGCCGCCACCACCGCCACCAACGGGAGCCCCGGCACUCCCAAAAUCAAGAAAGAGGAGGACACCUCGGCCCUCCCCAUCGCGCUCCCCACCCGGCUCCCGGUCUCGCUGGCCGGACACUCGGCCGUCCAGGCGGUGGCGGCGGCGCAGGCGGCGGCGUUGGAGCAGCUGCGGGAGAAGCUGGAGUCCGGAGAGCCACCCGAGAAGAAGGUGGCGCUGGCCGAGGAGCAGCAGCGCCUGAUGCAGAGGGCCCUCCAGCAGAACCUCCUGGCCAUGGCCGGGCAGCUGCCCAUGAGCCUGCGCAUCAGCGGGAGUGGCAGUGCCAGCCAGGGACGCCGUUCGCCAGAAAACCGUCAGGACUCUGCGGCAAACCUUGCCACCAACGGCACCAACAGCAUCAGCAUGUCGGUGGAAAUCAACGGGAUCGUCUACACAGGUGUGUUGUUCGCCCAGACACCGGAUGCCCCGCUCGGCAAAGGCGGCACCAACAGCGGGCAACAUCCCAGCAGUGGUGCCACCACCUCCUCCGCCAUCCCGGCGCCCGCAGCGGGGACUCCUCCGGCCGGCCUUCCCACGGCCCCCACAUCUACCUCAAGCAACUCCUCGUCGCCUUAAAACCUCCUCGCCCUUCAACGCCACGUCCCGAUUCGGGCAAGGCCGCGUUCAGUGGGCACCCUCUACCCUUCCCCAGUUGCAUUCAGGAAAGUGUGCGUUUGUGUGUGUGUGUGCGCGUGUGUGUGUUUUUGUGGAGGGGGUGAA